CAGUGUUAGAGUGAGACAGGAUCGAGCUAGCUGCUGGCUAAAAACCUUUAUUUAUAGGGACUUGAAUGUCAAAAUUUUGAACCAGGUCUAACUCUUCCCCCGAAAUACACAAUUUUGAUACUGACUUUAUGACGGGACCUGCUUGUUGUGGAAAGAAGCGCCUAUUAACCCCAAGUGGCAGGUAGUAGUUUCCAUGGCAACGAGCCCAGGCAACAUGGAGUUCCUACAGUGGACUUGUCAUGAUGUUGCAGGAUGGAUUGAGUCUUUAGGAUUUCCACAGUACACAGCAUGUUUCACGGAGAAUUUCAUCACUGGGAGAAAGCUCAUAUAUGUAAAUUGUGCCUACAUGCCAAGACUUGGAAUCACAGAUUUUAAACAUAUUCAGGUCAUCUCUGCUCAUGUGCGUGAGCUGCUGGGGAUCACAGAACCCCCAUGGAAUCGCAGCAUUGCUGACUCUCUGCGGGACAGCACGGGCCUAUUCCUUGAGAAAAAGAGCCGAACAGGUGCACAAGCAGACAGACUCACCUACCAGAGGUUCCUGGACAACAUGCGCCAGUGAAAGCUCAAAGUGAAUCACUACAGUAAAGCAGUGUAGCAAAACACCAAGGCAUGUCAGAGUCAUUGAGUAUCACCACCUGUCAGCUCAUGAUGACUUCAGUGAGACACUAACAGUAGGUCACAUGCAAGCCUUGACAUUAUCACUUCCCACCAGCAAAAUGCUAGUUUGCCGUGCUGGUCUGCUACAAAUUAGUGUCCGCUACAGAAAAAUUAUCUAGCCAAAGAGUUCAAUCUCAGGUUAGUAUGUGUUAUGGAUGAUUCAUUAUUUUAAUAAGUUUGUUUUCUGUCUGUAUUAAAUUGAUGCACUCUAUAUGCACAACAAUAAAUCAGCCACUGUAAAGAUGUUAAAAUUAAAAAUAGCUGUAAAUAGCAGUA